AUGUUACAGCCAACAAUCGUUUCCCCCAAGGAUUCGUGCGGUUUAGAUAAAGCCGGAUUAUCGGAUCAUUUAAUCCAACGUUGCAAAGAUCUUGGUAUAUCAUCUUUAUUUGCGGUCCAAAUGGCUGUUAUUCCUGUGUUUUUAAGAAGACAGGCCUUGUAUGACACCAGAAGAGUUCCCGGUGAUAUCUGUAUUUCAGCACCUACUGGUAGUGGUAAGACUAUGGCUUAUGUUUUACCCAUUGUGGAUAUUUUGUCAAAGAGAGUUGUUACCAGAUUACGCGCAGUUGUUGUAUUACCUACCCGUGAUUUAGUAACUCAAGUAAAGGAAACUUUUGAUGCUUUUGUAAGAGGUACAAAUUUGGCUGUAGCAGCUGCCAGUGGUCAGCAGUCAUUUGCACAUGAACAAAGUAUAUUAGUUGGAAGUGGUCCUAGUUGCCCUGGUGGCAAAAGUAGAGUUGAUAUCUUGAUCACAACACCUGGUCGUUUAAUGGACCAUCUCACCUCUACACCAAACUUCACACUCCAACAUCUUCGUUUUUUGGUUAUUGAUGAAGCUGAUCGUCUUUUAAACCAAAGUUACAAUGAUUGGUUAAAUCAAAUUUUGUUAGCUACACGACCUGAAAUAAAUCCUGAUGCACCUUUGUUAGAAUUCAAACAUGAUAAAUACGGUGUUACCGAAGCGGAUGCAAUCGCCCCAAGCUUUUUAAAGACAAACUACCAGUUACCUACAACGGAUCUUGAUUUACCAAAAGCACCUUCUAUUCAAAAACUUCUUUUCUCUGCUACCUUGACAAAAAAUCCUGCCAAAAUUGCUGGGUUGCACUUAAAUGAACCCGAAUAUAUCUCUGUACAAAACGAAGAUGGUAGUGAAACCACUCAAGAAUACACGACACCUGAAGGUCUUAAGGAGUUCAUGACAAUUUGUCCUACUGAGAAGAAACCACUGAUGGUCAUUUAUUUGCUUCACCAACUGGGUAUCAAAUCAGGUUUAUGUUUUACUAAGUCAGUCGAAUCAACACAACGUCUUCAAAUGUUAAUAGAAGCAUAUGAAGAAACGCAACCAGAAGAUAAACGUAUUCGUGUUAAAGAAUACACCAGUGAUCUUGGUCCUAUCCAAAGAAAGAAGAUGCUGAAGCAAUUUAAGGAUGGCCAAAUCGACUUGCUGAUCUGUUCCGAUUUAAUUGGUCGUGGUAUUGAUUUGGAUUCUGUUCAAUUCGUCAUCAACUAUGAUGUACCUUACUACAUGGAUAAAUAUAUUCAUCGUGUUGGACGUACUGCACGUGCGGGUAGAGAAGGUGAAGCUUAUACUUUUGUUGAGCAGCAGGAGGCUCGACACUUUAAGGAAAUAUUGCGUCAUGCGGGACAUUUGAGCCAAGUUAAGUCAUUAAAGAUAGAAAAAGAAAAAUUGAAGGAACUUGUGCCUGAUUAUAAUAAAGCAAUGGCCGGUCUCACAGAGCAAUAA